AUGCGGAAACCUCUGCAAAAGGAAGCUGCCGAGGCCCAACUUGACGAUGAGGCCAACGACGACAGAGACCACGCAGUCGAUGGAGAUGAAGAAGCACACUUACUAAGAGAAGAGAUGGAAUUUGAAGACACCGUUCUCCCAGCAUCGAAGAAAUUACAUACGCGUCGACAACGCUUUCUGGACUUUUUGCGCGGGCCGCAAUCUCCUCGGAUUCAAAGCAUCGACCCGUAUUUCCCAUGGAUUCAAAAUGGCCCGGUCGAGUGGCUGGAAAAACAGGGACUCAACAGGCCGAUUUCACUCAUUGCCGUACUACUUCCUUGGCUUCUUAUCUUUACCUGGUUCCUGACUGCCCAGCUGCCGCUGAAAGACGGCGAUGGCAACGAUGUAAUCAGCCUAGGCUGCGUCGAUACAUUGUGGGGACGCAAGAACAAAUGCGGAAUCGACGGCAUCGACUGUCGUCCGUUUAGCAACCAUUCUUUUGCUUUCCAAUGCCCGGCAAAGUGCAGAGAUGUACAGCUUUUAAAUCCGCAUACCGUUGGACCGGUCCAAGUGAACUACCGCCCUCUGGUUGUCGGAACAGGACUUUAUCGCGGCGACAGCUUUUUAUGCGCCGCAGCCAUCCACGCGGGGGUUGUCGAUAACCACCGAGGCGGCGGCGGUCGCAUCAAGCUCAUGGGAGGUCAUGACAAUUUUGCUAGCACAAAGCACCAUGGCAUCGAGUCUAUUCCGUUCGACUCGUACUUUCCGCUCUCUUUCUCCGUCAUUUUCGACGACGGGUUUCGGCCACCAGCUGACCCCCGCUCAGCCUUGCUUCCCAUCACUAUCCUCUCCACAGUUGUACUCGCCAUAUUUUCUUCUUCGCCGAAAAUCUUCUUUCCCAUCUUCACACUCAUUUUCGCCCAUGUGAGCUUCGUCUCCGAUCCGCCGCCCGCAUUGCAUCUCAAUACGACGGUGUUGCCAGAUCAUAUUUCAAUGUUCGCGAAGCGUCUGUUGCCGGCCAUGUUCGUAAUGGUGGUAAUGUAUUCCACCACCAUAAAGCGGACGCUAGCUGGGUUGAGUGCCCACAUAGAAAAGGCUGUAUUUUGGCUUGGAGGUUUCUGGAUUGGCGCAUUAUCAAAUUAUACGUUUGACUGGAUUCCGAUUUCACGGCUCACCAGCCAUGAUCUCGAGCAGCAGCCCGGCGCGAAGCUGGCGUUGGCAAUCAUCAUCUUGGUAUUGGUUGUAAUUGUUGUGGGUCAGGCGUACUGUUUCUGGCUCGAAGGCCGCCUGAUCCGCUAUCUGGGCCUCUAUGGCCUGUUCGUUCUGGCAAUCAUUGUCUGUUUGAUGAUUCCAGGUGUCAACUUGCGGAUUCACCAUUACAUUCUGGCACUUUUGCUCCUUCCCGGGACGAGUCUUCAGACGCGGCCUUCGCUGUUCUUUCAAGGUCUCUUACUCGGUCUUUUUGUGAACGGCAUAUCGCGAUGGGAUUUCGAUUCUGUGCUGCAAACCUCUGCUGCUCUGCGUGCCGAUGCAAAAUUCGAGUCAGUGGUCCCGCAGAUAAUGGAACCGUUCAUUGAGGUAGAAAAUGAUGCUCUAUUCGUGACGUUCAACUUUACUACGCACCCACCUGACGUUGACGGUAUGAGCGUCCUUGUAAACGAUGUGGAGCGCGCCCGUGCCUUCUAUGACAAUGAAGGUGAUGGUCUUUGGGAUAUCUUUGAAUGGAAGAGAGAUGUGGAUAGUGGGUUGAAUGAGUACUUCCGGUGGGCCUAUAUACGGGGCGGCUAUACCCUAGAUUACUCAAAACCAGGUACAUUGUUUGCUAAUGGUAGCUGGAGUUCUGAAAUCAUAUAA